AUCCUUGACUUGGCCUGAGCCGUACCCCCUGUUGCUGGGCCCCUACCAGGCUGGGCAAAGGAGGUGUGUGGAGUUGGUAGUACAGCCUUCCUGGCUUGGUGCCAGAGUAAAAAGGGAGGUGUAUGGGCUCCAAGAAGGUGCUUCUGGUCUCAAAACCAAAAAUGGGAAGGGCCAGUUGAGCCCCAGUUGUGAGGAAAGACUUUGAGAUCCACCCCCCAGCUUAUCUUUGGAUAAAAGGAGCCAUAGCCUCUGGUGGGGCUCUUAUAUCAGCCUUAGGAUCGCUGGGGUCUCCUGAGAGGGUUUAGCAUAGACCCCAGCCCCUCUCCUUUGGGCACAAGGUAGGAAGACCAAACUGAGCCCUUUAGGCUGAGGAGAAACCUGACCUGCCAAUGUGGCUGGGGCCCCUAGGCUCCACCUGCUCCGCUUCUCCUGACCCCUUCACUUGGCACAUUCUCACCCAGUCUGGGGGACCCCAGAAGCUCAGAGGAAGCAUUGCUCCCUGAGAAAGAAUAUCCUCUAGCCUUCCCGUGUACCCCAGUCCUAAUCCUUCCUUGAAGGGGGCCAAGAUGGGUGAUCCCCAGACAUGCCCCUUAGUUCCCUGGGGUGUCCUUUCCAAGCUGAGUCACGUCCCCAGAGUAAUCCAGGUAAACAAGGCCCUAGGGGUUGGAGGGCAGUCCCAGCUCGCCUUACCAACUCUUUUCCACUUCACCUCCCAGUCCUUGUACCUUCCCUCACAGCAGCCACAGAAGGCCCAAACCGCUGUGACACCAUAUACCAGGGCUUUGCUGAGUGUCUCAUACGCCUGGGAGACGGCAUGGGCCAAGGAGUCGAGCUGGAAACUGUUUGCAGGUCCUGGAAUGACUUUCAUGCCUGUGCCUCCCGGGUCCUGUCUGGGUGUCCAGAGGAGGCAGCUGCUGUGUGGGAGUCACUACAACAGGAAGCUCGCCGGGCCCCACACCCAGAUAACCUGCACACUUUGUGCAGUGCCCCAGUGCGUGUUUGGGAGCAAGGGGCAGGCUCCGAGACCAAUCAGGAAACACUGCGGGCAACAGCACCUACCUCUGUCCCAGCCCCAGCACCCGCACUGCUGGCUGCUGCUCUGGCACUUGCCUGCCUCCUGGGGCCUCUGGCCUAGCUGGUCACGUCAGGUAACAAUGCCUGUGCCUCCAGCCCUGCAGCAGUGGCCAGUGUCCUGGCUCUCUGGAGUGCUCAUGGCUUUCAUUAAAGGUAUUUAUAUUUGCAACUAAGCUCCUUGCUUUUUCCCAGCUGUGGCCUGCUUGGCUGGGGUGGGGCCCCAGAGGCUGAUUGCCAGCAUACACUGGGAGGACUGAGGGACUGCCACAAGGGACUCAAUCUUCCUCCUUAUGAACACUUAUUUCCUGGCUGCAGAGCAGAGCUUUCCAUUGCAUGCAGAUCCCCUGAGCUCCAGUGGAGACCCAAGUUCUGCCAGAACGCAAAUCUCUACCCUCUCAGGUUGGCUGCACAGGAUGAGACUUCUCAGCCUCAUUCCCCUAGCUCCGCCUCUUCCUCCAGAACGCCAGGUGA